AAUCUUAAUAGCGCUUUCCAACUUUUUUCAAAGUUUUGUUUACAAUAUUUUUACAAGAAAAAAAAUGGAAUUUAGCACCAAACAAUCGCAACAAUUAAAACAAUUUAAAAAUUUGGUUAAAUUACAUAAACUGCAAGCAAAAUGUGAAGAAUUUAAAGGAGAAUUAGAAAAUGUAAUAAGUGAAAGAAUCGAGUACUUGGGUAAACGUGAACAAUUAAUGGAACAUUUAACAUCACUGCAAGGAGAACUAAAGAUAGCACGCAAUGAGGAGUACAACUGGCAACAGAAACUAGAUGCAGCUAAGAUUUCUUUUGCGGAUUAUAAAAAUGAUAAUUUACAAAAUAUUUGUGUGGUUUUGGGUUAUCAGAUUACAAAAUGCCAGCCUCUGGAAAGUAAUGGUGUACAAAUUACGCUAAAUUAUCGUGAUAUUUGUUAUGUUACCUACAGUGAAACAUCGCAAUUGUUUAAUUUGCUAGAGAUUUAUCCACAACAUCCAAAUUUUGACCAAAUUCAACAAUUUUUACAAAAUUCUCAAGAUCUGAGAGGUUUAUUGUCAUGUCUGCGUAAAUUUUUUGAUUUUGCCAUUGAUUUUAAAGAAAAACAAGAACAAGAAAAUAUAUAAUUUUUAGAUCGCAUGAAAGAUUUGAAUUAAAAAAUAAAAAAAACUAUUUGCU